UUAUGUCUUAACCGAUACUAUAAAGUUGUGCCUAAUGCUACAACUGCAAAUACAUUUUAAAUACUUACGAGUGAGUAUUAAUGAGGUGAUGGAUGAUGCAAAAGAGGAUUUUUGCUGCGAGAAAAACAUAGAUCCAGCCUUAGUUGACCAACACAGUGUCCCAUGGUUAUAUCAACAUGGGCAAAUGAAGAAAAUCAUUUCGCAUUACCAGUACGUUAUUAAAAUUGCGAAUGAAGCGGAGACAAUAUUCAACAAGUCUGUACUGGCCAGCUUCGUGAAUUUGUCAUUUCUAAUUUGUGCCGAGUUACUUCGCCUGACAAGUGUCCCAACGUUUAGUCUACAAUUCUGGAAGAUGUGUGUCUAUGUGCUUGCAGCGUGCACGUAUUUCUUCGGGGAUUGCUUUUUUACACAACGCGUAAUUACAGAAAAUGAAUAUCUUGUUGAUUCCUGUUAUGACGUUGAUUUUGUUGGCAGCAAUUUACCAUUUCAAAAAUGUUUGCUUCUCUUUAUGGCACGGACACAAAAGUCGGUAGUAUUCACAAUCGGAAAGUUUGCCCCAGUUACGAUGGUUACCAUGAUUACCAUCCUAAAGGCGUCGUUCUCGUACUUUACACUGCUUCAAAAAAGACAAAAUCGUGCAAGCACCUAAUCACCACCCCCAAGUGGAGCUGCAGAUUUGAGGAUGUUAAAUUUCAAUUUGACAACUGCACAAAAAAAAUAUCUACUAUGUACACUUUCACAUAAACACAAAACAGCAGUAGUACCUAUGGUCAAUGAUCCUGGCCAGAUAUUUUGCAGAUGUGGGCAACGAGAAAGCAAAAAGCGGUGUAGAUUUGGGGUUUGAACGAUUAUGAUUUGAUGAGUACGUGUUUGAAACGGUUUUGACUUAUCUUAUUGUAGGUACCUGUUGGCCGAUGCCGACUUGUAUUUCUCACGUCAAUUGUGGACGAGUUGUAAUUGCCCUUGUACUAGCAACAAUGUAGUACUAAUUAUAUAACAACAACGGUCAAGCCAACAAUGUGUACCACGUUGGGGCCCAGAUUGCACCAACGCCACUUUAUAGUACUUUUAAUUUGCUCCAACUUCACAGGUGUGUUAGUGAAGUCGUGUAUUUUA